UGGUCUCGUCUCGACUCGUUUAGUCUGCUGACUAGGGAGUCGAGACAAACCUAUUUGUUCAAAGGGCUUUGUUUGGGGAUAUUUAGGAUGGUGACUGCCAAGGCUUGGGCUCUGAAGAAGCAUUUUGAAGGUUUCCCCAAAACCAGUGACUUUGACCUGAAAACGAUAGAGCUGCCCAAACUGAAGGAUGGAGAGGUGCUGCUUGAAUCAGUGUUUCUCAGUGUCGAUCCUUACAUGAGACCGUACAGUCAGAGAGACAUGAAGGAAGGGGACAUAAUGUUAGGUACACAGGUUGCCAGGAUUAUAGAAAGCAAGAAUCCUGCUUUUGUGGUGGGAGCCUUUGUUGUGGCUAAUGGUGGCUGGAGAACUCAUUUCAUCUCCAAUGGGAAAGAUCUACGUUGUCUUCCUUCUAGCUGGCCAGAAUCACUCCCCAAAUCUCUAGCUCUUGGGACAGUGGGCAUGCCUGGCCUCACUGCGUAUUUUGGUCUGUUGGAGGUCUGCAAGAUGAAGCCAGGAGAGACACUGCUGGUUAAUGCUGCAGCUGGGGCUGUGGGCUCUGUGGUGGGGCAACUCGCUAAAAUUGGAGGUUGCAAAGUGGUUGGCUGUGCUGGCUCAGAUGAAAAGGUUGCUUAUUUGAAAAAAAUCGGCUUUGAUGAAGCCUUUAAUUACAAGACCGUUACAUCUUUGGAAGAAGCGCUGCAUAAAGCCUCUCCUAAUGGCUACGACUGUUUCUUUGAUAAUGUGGGAGGAGAAUUUGCCAGUGUUGCCAUUCACCAGAUGAGGAAAUAUGGAAGGAUUGCAGUCUGUGGAGCUAUCUCUCUGUACAAUGACUCAGUGCCUCAGAAAGGGCUUUAUGUUCAGUUUCCAAUGAUCUUGAAAGAGCUUCAAAUGGAAGGUUUUAUUGUUCACCGCUGGAGUAACCGCUGGGAGGAAGGUCAGAAGGCACUGCUGAAAUGGGUCCUGCAGGGAAAAAUUAAGUACCAUGAACAAAUCACUGAAGGAUUUGAGAACAUGCCGGCAGCUUUCAUUGGAAUGCUAAAGGGAGAAAAUCUUGGAAAAGCCAUUGUAAAGGUCUGAAAGUCACAUAUCCUGUUCCUGAGAGAUUGGCACAGGAGGAUAUGAUUCUACUCAAUUAAGUACUUUUGCCUCACUAUUCAAAAGGGAUGUUUGGUGAUGAUAACUUUUUUAAAAUAAUUUUUCUAAUAAGUAUAGGUAUAUGCAAAUGGUUUAGCUUUUGAGGAGCUUGAGAAUUGUUCUCCAAAGCUAUACACAAAGCCUUGAAACUAUUGAACCUCUUGCUGUGCAUUAGAAAACCAUAAUCAGAACUGUAAAAGUUUAAGUAGUAGCUUGAGCCAAAUUCAAGUUGACUUGUAGAAAGGAAAAUGCAGUUCCAAAGGCUUUGCCUGUUGAUGGCACAUCUGAUGACCAAUUUCUAUGAUUUACCUGGAACUCGGCAAGGGGGGAUUUAAUUUUGUAAGAGCUAGCAAGGAGCAAGAAAUAGGCUAACAGCAGCCAGGGGCUCCCAGCUUGCUCAUAUGGCUUUUUUGUUGUUGUUGUUCUAUUUUGUUUUGUUUUGCUUUCAUCAGGAAAAAUAGAUAUCUCAACUAUUCUGAGAUUAUGGAAAUAAAAAAUAAAUCUAUUAAUUGACACUU